AUGCGGGCCAGCGGCAACACGGCGCGCUUCAUGCUGCACUCCGAGGUGGCCGACGUGUACCUGUCCGCGACCGUGGUCACCACGGAGGAGGACGACCAGUUCUACCACACCCAGCCCGUCGUCACCCAUUGGUACCACCUGUUCGUGCGCAAGGGCGCGCCCCAGGUGUCGGCCGACUCGUACAUCCGCGCCCUGAGCCCCUCCAUGUGGGCCAUGACGCUGGCCGCGGUGCUGCUGCUGUGCGUGGUGCUCAGGGCCAUGGUGUGGCUCAGGACGGCCGUGGGCAUGGGGUCCGGCAUGGAGCCGGCCAACACCUCGCUGGGCCACUGCUUCCUGGCCGUGCUGGGUUGCAUCUGCACCCAGGGUUGGCAGGAGAGCCCGAGCUGCCUGUCCAUCCGGCUGAUCGUGGUCACCACGCUGCUCUUCGGCUACCUGCUGUGCAACUCGUACUCCGCCGUGCUCAUCAGCUACCUGGCCUCGGGCCACUCCACGGCGCCCUUCAGCGGGCUGGACGACGUGGCCAAGAAGGGCACCCACGUGCUCUGCGUGCGCAACGAGAGCUACGCCUACCUCACGCUCAAGGUGCGCCCCCAACGGGACAAACUCUGA